CUCUCAGCUGCAGAAAAUGAAAAGAAUUAUGGAUACAAGAAAGAAGUACACUGGCUUGACAAUGUAAAGGACCUGAUAAGCAGAGAGAAGCUCAAACCAGAUGAUGAUAUUUCAUGGGCUGCUUACCAUGCAUCCAAAGAACCUCAACUACCUGACUAUGAACCAGCUGUUACCUCACUGAUGCCCCUGUUCCUGGAAAACGCACACUCUGCACCUAUGAUUCUUCACGGUAUGAAUGUCAUCCGCUCUGCUGUAGAGCUGGUAAAUCCAGCACAGACCCCUGUUAUCGCCAUGGACCAACCUCUAUUUGCUCUUGCAAAACAGAUCCAAUGGCAAUGGCCCCAUACACACAGAGAAGACAAGUUGUUGGUCAUGUUUGGAGGCUUGCAUAUUGAACUGGCCAUACUUAGAACACUAGGCAAAUGCCUGGACAAAAGUGGCUGGACAACUGUCAUGGCAAACGCUGAUGUUGCGACACCUGGAGUUGUUGACUCUUUUAUCUCAGCCAAGCAUAUCACAAGAACAAGGAGAGCUCAUCAAAUAACUUCCUCAUCCCUCUACGUUCUUCAGCAUCGAGCAUAUGAGAAGUGCAUCACAAGAGCGGAAGAUAGAGUCCUUCUGUCUUUUACAGAUUGGAGAGAUAAGAUGUCAGAAACGUGUCCACACUUCCUCUAUUGGUGUAGAGUCAUGGAGUUACAGCUACUUUGUUUGCAGCUGGUCAAAUCAUUCAGAACUGCGGAUUUCAGCUUGUAUGUCGACUCUCUAACGAAGAUAAUGCCAUGGAUGUUUGCACUUGACCAGACAAAUUACAGCAGAUGGCUAUCAGUUCAUAUCCGUGAUAUGCAAGAGCUGCCGAUCAAACACCCUGAUGUGUAUGAGAAAUUUAUCAAUGGCUUUUUUGUUGUCCAUAAGACACACAAACGGUUCUCUGCGAUUGCACUAGACCAGGCUCACGAGCAGGAGAAUGCAGUGGUAAAAGGUGAAGGCGGAGCGGUGGGACUGACAGAAAAUCCUGGUGCAUUGAAACGCUGGAUGAUUUCAGGACCCGAGAUUGCAAGAAUUGUAUCCGAAUUUGAGAAAACAACAUCAUCUAGAUCUGCUGAUAGUCUAAAGCACCACAAGCAGUCGUAUAGCCACCAAGCAGCAUUUUGUAGGGAUGUUCAGUCAGUUAUUGACAGCUUUGAAGAGUUAGGAAAUCCCUUUGAGGAAGAAGGAAAAAAUCUCCUUGCAGUUGAUACCAGAGACAUUAUGAGCGAUGGUGUUGUGGAAGCGAUAAAGAAUGUUCUUAAAAUAGGCCAAGAACAGUACACAUCAUAUGUAGAAUGUAGACUUAAACACAGAACAACACCCAUCUCAGAGCCUAUCCCAAGAAACAAGUUGGUGCUAUUUCACAAUUCUGACGAGAAAGUUCAAUCGAAGGAUAAGUCAAAAGUUGUCCAGUUGAAGAAUGACUGUUCCUUGUUUUCUCGACUAUAUAUUGCUUGCCAAAACCGCGAUGGAAACCUAGAGGAAUUUUUUCGUCAUGAGAAUCAGCCUUGGCCACCGUCACUAGCCGACAGAGGAUAA